ACAAAAUUAUUGGUCCCUUAAACCACACUUUCUUUAUUGGUUGAAAAGUUUACACAUUAAAGAGGCAAGCACCUGAAGGCAACACCAGCCUUGGCAACCAGUGGCGGUGUUUAGUGUACCAUAGCAACCAUGGAGGAUGAGCUUUCGUUGCUGGAAGAAGAAGUCACACAAGAACAAAAGGAACUCCUCUACCACCGAGUCGAAGAGCUAAAACGCACCAAUGCAGCCCUCCUGGCAGAGAAUGACAUGUUUGAGUGGUUCAUCAGCCACUUGGAUCCUCAGGACCUGGUGUCCCAUGCUGGGGGAGACGGUCUGGGCGCAGCAGGAGCCUCCCAGCUGGAGGGUGGGGGUCGUGGAAGGAGGCGAAAGUCCCGGGUUAACAUAUCAGAGCGCCUUAAUCAGCUGACCUUGGAACAAAAGCUUCAUGUGGCACAGAGAGAAGUAACAGAGACACGGCAAGACCAGGAGAAACUCAAACAGAGAUAUGAGAGAAUUCAGGACAGCUACAAGGCCUCUCUGAAAGAAGCAGAAUUGCGCCUUGCAGAUAUUCGAAAGGCUAAGAAUGAGUUUGAACGCAGACUGCUCAAACCUAUGAAAGACAACAGGUUAGAAAUGAAGGAAACCGAGAAGGUGCUCCAGUACAUCGAAGACAAGACAAAGGUCACCCAGCUGGAGAAGUUUAAUCUGAAGAUCCAGGCACUGAAAAUCCACGAGAAGAAGCUCCGGCAGCAGCUUCAACAGAAAAAAGACGUAGGAAAAGCAGAGUACGAGGAAAUUUUCCAGGAGUACAGUGAGCAGAGAGUUGACACAAACCUGGAUGAACUUCAAGUGAACAAUUUGAAAGUGCAACGUGUCCUCAGCUCACACAGGGAGAAGUUGCAGAGUGUGACAUUGGAAUCCACAGAGCUGAGCAAUGACAUCAGCAGCAGGAAGCAGUUGAUGGCAAAAAUUGAGGAGGAGAUACAGCGUACUGAGGAGGAGCGUUUAAAGGCAGAGGUGCUCAACCAACACCUGCGGCGCCAGAUGAGAGACUAUCAAGCUCCUGAUAUCAUGGAGUACAUACAUAUCAAGGACAAACGCAAGAAGCUGCAGCAGAGCAUUCACACCUGGGAGAGGAGAGUUGGGAUUGCUCAGAUGGCCUUGAAGACCCACGCUAAAGCCUGGAACAGACCCACUCUUACUCCUGCAUACAGUACUGAGGCUGGAGCAAGAUCUGCAGAAUACCAAACUCCAGUAAAGCUCCCAUACAUAUCAAAAAACAGCACAUAGAGGUUCAGAGAAUUGGAAAAAAAGCCAACUGGAUUCAUUACAGAAUGUGUGCCGUAGAGAAAGCUUUGUAGAGAGAACACAAUACAGCUUUAAUCCUCAUCGUGUCUUUUAGUUUUUUUCCCACUUGAUUUUUACUAUACACCGUUAUGAAGAAUGAAAUGUUAAAUGUAAGACCGUUCUCCAUCAAGUUCUAUUCCUUCAAACUAAACUUUGUAAACUGAAUUAUAUUGAAUAAAAAUAAUAAU